AUGCAGGCAGAUAAUGAUAGGGAGAGCCCUGGAGUAAAAUAUGUCCCGCGAAAUGGUAGGCUACCAAGAUUAAAAAUUUUGAGCUCAUCUGAUUUUUCUGCCGUGAACGAGGUCAUCAUGGAGGGUGUGCUAUCUACUGCAACCAGCAUAUUCUUCAAGGAAGAGCAAAAGUGCGUGAAGCAUUUCACAGUAUGUUUGAAUGUGCAGCCCUUGAAAGAACUCGUCUUCGUCGUCGUUUCAAUACAUCGUCUUCAAGAAAGUAGACAACCUCUAAUGCCGUUCCCGUUACCAGCCUGCGGGAUCAAUGGUGACGUCAUGAAUAAUGCAAGCAGGAGGUUCGGUUUGGCUACCCGCCUUCAUAGGACAGUCAAAUUAAGAUGCAGUGAAUACAUACUAAUCAGUACAGAAGGUAAUUCUGCAAUUCAAUCACAGUGGCAAUCCCAAAAUGCAGAGGUUUCAUAUAAAUGGACACGACAGAAUACGUUACUGUUUUUGGAUUUAUAUAAGAAAUAUAAGCAAUUGCUGAUGGCUGGGAAAAUAAAACUAAAAAAGUUGUACGAAUCCAUUGCCAAUGAGAUCAACCAUAGAACCAAUGAGAACGUGGCUCCAUCAAACUGUGAAAAUCGAUAG